CUACUGAGGCUCCCGCCGAUGAGCUUUUUAUUUUGAAUGCAGGGGCCGGAAGUUGCGUGUGUAACUCUCGGAACAUUGUCCCUAUUGUGGCCGCUGAAUGCAGACCCAGAACGCUUGACUGAAUAUAAGCCAGAAACGGAAGCUAACGCUGUACCGUAUGUGACACUAAUAACAGAGAAGGACCCGCGGAAUUAAACACAUUACGUUAUGGAUCCAAACCGGAUAAUCCAGGCUCUGAAAGGGACUAUUGACCCUAAUCUGAGGAUAGCGGCGGAGACUGAGCUCAAUCAGUCCUACAAGAUCAUCAACUUCGCCCCUACCCUGCUUCAGAUCAUUGUGUCGGAGCAGGUGGAGUUUCCUGUUCGCCAGGCAGCGGCCAUCUACUUGAAGAACAUGGUGAGUCAGUACUGGCAGGACAGGGAGCCGUCUCUGGGUGAGGUUGUCUUUCCAUUCAACAUCCAUGAGAAUGACCGGCAGCAGAUCAGAGACCACAUAGUGGAGGGCAUCAUCCGUUGUCCAGAGUCCAUACGCGCUCAGCUGACCAUGUGUCUGCGAGCCAUCAUCAAGCACGACUUCCCCGGCCGCUGGACCGCCAUAGUGGACAAGCUCGGCAUGUACCUGCAGUCUCAAAACAGCGGCAGCUGGUACGGCAGCCUGCUGGCUCUCUACCAGCUGGUCAAAACAUACGAGUACAGGAAGGCAGAUGAGAGGGAGCCUUUACUGGCUGCCAUGCAGAUCUUCCUGCCGCGGAUUCAGCAGCUAAUCAGCCAGCUCCUGGCUGACGCUACCAUCUUCUCUGUCCUCAUCCAGAAACAGAUCCUCAAGAUCUUCCACGCCCUUGUACAGUACUCGCUGCCUCUCCAGCUGAUCAACAACACAGUGAUGACUCAGUGGAUGGAAAUCCUCCGAGCCAUAAUGGACAGAGACGUCCCAGCUGAGACGUUGGAGGUUGAUGAGGACGACCGUCCUGAGCUGGCCUGGUGGAAGUGUAAGAAGUGGGCUCUGCGCAUCAUCACCAGACUGUUUGAGCGGUAUGGAAGCCCUGGCAAUGUGACAAAGGAGUACUACGAGUUUGCAGACUUUUUCCUGAAGACAUAUGCUGUGGGCAUACAGCAGGUCCUGCUGAAGGUGGUGGACCAGCACCGACAGAAGCAGUACAUUACUCCUCGCGUCCUGCAGCAGUGCCUCAACUACCUCAACCAGGGCCUGUCUCACUCACUGACCUGGAAACAGAUGAAGCCACACAUGCAGGUCAUAUGCCAGGAGGUCAUCUUCCCUCUCAUGUGUUACAAAGAAGAGGAUGAGAAGCUCUGGCAGGAAGACCCCUAUGAGUACAUACGCAUGAAGUUCAACCUCUAUGAUGACCACGCCCUACCAGCCACCGCUGCCCAGAGCCUCCUGUGUAAAGCUGCCCGCAAGAGGAAAGAGGUUCUUCCGCAGAUGAUGGAGUUCUGCCACCAGAUACUGAUGGACCCCUCUGCUGACCCCCGCAGGAAGGACGGAGCACUACAUUGCAUCGGAGCUCUGGCUGAACUCUUACUGAAGAAGCGGAUGUACAGGGAGCAGAUGGAGCUGAUGUUGCAAAACUAUGUCUUCCCUCUGCUCAACUCCCCUAUGGGUUACCUGCGAGCCAGGUCGUGCUGGGUGCUCCACUGCUUCAGCCCACUGCGUUUCCACGAUGAGCUGGUGCUGAGGAACGCUGUCGAGUUGGUCAAACAGGAUCUGAUCGAAGACAAAGAGAUGCCUGUCAAGGUGGAAGCUGCGAUCGCUCUGCAGACGCUGGUCAGCAACCAGGAACAAGCCAAGCUGUACAUCAGGCCGUACAUCCGGCCGGUCAUGCAGGAGCUGCUGCAUGUGGUGAAAGAGACCGAGAACGAUGACCUGACCAACGUCAUUCAGAAAAUGAUCUGCGAGUACAACCAGGAGGUGGCCACCAUUGCUGUGGACAUGACGCAGAACCUGGCGGAGAUCUUCACCAGGGUCCUGCAGAGUGAGGAGUAUGAGGAGAAUGAGGACAAGACUGUCAUGGCCCUGGGCAUCCUCAGUACCAUCGACACCAUCCUCACGGUCAUGGAGGACCACAAAGAGAUCACUCAGCAGCUGGAGGGAAUCUGUUUGCAAGUGAUCGGCCUGGUCUUGCAGAAGCCCAUCAUAGGUAUGGCAGAGUUCUACGAGGAGAUCCUGUCACUGGCGUUUGGCCUGACUUGUCAGACCAUCUCCCCCCAGAUGUGGCAGCUUCUGGGCGUCCUGUAUGAGGUCUUCCAGCACGACUGCUUCGACUACUUCACAGAUAUGAUGCCUCUUUUGCACAACUAUGUUACCGUGGAUACAGACAUGCUUCUGUCCAACCCUAAGCACUUAGAAGUCAUCUACAGCAUGUGCAAAAAGGUGCUGACCAUAGACGCAGGUGAGGAUGCAGAGUGUCACGCUGCCAAACUGUUGGAGGUCAUCAUCCUGCAGUGCAGAGGCAGAGGCAUUGAUCAGUGCAUCCCUCUGUUUGUGGAGGCAGUUCUGGAGCGUUUGAUGCGGGGGGUGAAGUCCAGCGAGCUGAGGACCAUGUGCCUGCAGGUGGCCAUCGCAGCUCUGUACUACAACCCAACCCUGCUCAUCCACACUCUCGACAACAUGCACUUCCAACACAACCCACAGCCCAUCACUGCCCACUUCAUCAACCAGUGGAUGAAUGACACCGAGUUCUUCCUAGGGCUCCACGACCGUAAGAUGUGCAUCAUUGGCCUGAGCGUACUGAUGGAGCUGCCCAGCCGCCCGGCGGUGCUGGAGGGAGUCACCGCCCAGAUCAUCCCCUCCAUCCUGCUCCUGUUCUUGGGCCUCAAACACCUCUACGCCUCCCGCCUCAUCAACAAACCAGACCUGCUGGCCCGCUCAGGGGCACAGGAUGAAGACCAGAAUGAGGAGAUUCCCAGUGAUGAAGAUGAGGUGAAUGAGAACCGUAACGCCAUGCAGCAGCAACCCACCAUGCCAACAGGAGAGGGUGGCGAGGAUGAAGAUGAAGAUGAAGAUGACUACUGGGAUGACGAUGGCUUUGAGGGAACCCCCUUGGAGGAGUACAGCACGCCACUGGACUAUGACAACGGGGAGGACGAGUAUCGGUUCUUCACCUCCGCCCUGCUCCGGGUCCAGAACACUGAUGCAGCCUGGUACCAGUGUUUAACAGCUCCACUCAGCGACGACCAGAAGAAACAGCUGCAGGAGAUUUAUAGCAUUUCACAGCAGAGGAGGAGCACCGCCAGCAAGGGACAGUGAGCACUGAGGAGACAGGCGGAAUCAAAGGAUCAGGAAGAAGAAGAGAGGAGCUGGUCUGACCUGACCUGAAGUGGAUUUCAGUCUAAUCUGAAUUAUCUCAGUCCAGAUCAGAUCACACCAUAUCCGACUAAAUGGAUCCCACCAAAACUAGGUCCCAGGGUGCCAUCAGAACCGGAUGGAGUAGCAGGGGCUGGGUUGGCAUUGUAACAGUUUGGGACCAUGUGCACUGUAAAGAGCCCCCUACUGGAAUAUUCCUAUCACCAGGACAGGACGCGUGUGUGCGUGUGGACUCCAGAGAAAGGUCUGCAUUAUAAAUAUAAAUGUCACUGACCAGCAAAAUUCGUUAAGUUCUUGUACAGUGCAGUCCUUUGGUCUGUGAUCAAGUAACUGUUUGCGCGUGUGCGUGUGUGCGCAUGUGCGCGUGUGUGCGUGUGCAUCCAAUAAAGUGUAAGAAAUAAAAACACAGCAGAGUGCGUGUUUGUACGAACUGUCAGCGCUUGUCUUUGUCUCUCUAUAUAACACUUUUUAUCAUCUCAUCAAGCGAGAGUGACGAGUAGCAAGAAGAGGCCAUUUUCUGUCAGGGUGCCUUGUAUACACACUGCGGAUAGACGGGAAGGUCAAGGUCAAAGACUUGGAGCAUCUGAUUAUGACGCACAUGUAUGAAAUGUCAAAUGGGAGAAGGAUCUCGGGAGAAGCAGCUUAUUGUCUUUCUGUUUGUCCCUAGAUUUUGUUUUUGUAACAGUUUUCAGAACUAAUUUAAGAAAAUCAUAAAAGUUCAUGUAACAUUU